CAGAGGUUCAGACAGGCCUCCGCUGAUGUGGCAGGUGGACUUUGACAGCUGUUUACAGGAACCGGGGGAGCUCAGUCCAGGUCUGCAGAGUUGCUGGCGGUGGUCUCAUUCAAACAGGUUAUAUACCCUGAUCUGCACAGCCUGGAGAUCUAGAUCCUGGUUUUGUGAGGCGGGCCUAUUUCUUGAGGAUUAUAUGUAGCAAACAUUUGGCUGUUUCUGAAUGUUCGAGGAACUGUCUGUUCUGGAUGGGACCUCUGGAUCUGGUGAGGCCUAGAACACUGUGAUAAAGAAACUAAAUUAGAUUUGGAACUGAAAGAAGGCAAGCCAGGGAGAGAUUCCACAGCAAGUCCCAGAUGGAGCCUUGGACACCCCCAUGGCCACCUCAACCAAGGGAGAGGCAUGUAGCCCCAGUGAAGGGCCAGGACAGGGGUCAAUGGAGGCAAGUCUACCACAGACCACUCCCUCAAUCCAGGCCCAAUGGUGAGAGGUACUACCAUCAACAACAAGGCUCACAAACAGGGCCUCAACCAUGGCAAGAUUCCUGGGAAGAGUACUAUCACUACAGCUAUCCUUGGAGGCCAGGGGACCGGAUUAGGCCAGAUUCCAGGGCAGAGUAUUAUGAAAGUAGUUAUCCUCCUAGACCAUAUUCAAGGCAAGGUCAUGAAGAUCCACACUGGAACUACCCAGCACCAAGCUCUGGGGAAGAUUAUUCUUAUAGAGAUUAUUACAGACACCCACCAGCAGUGCAGGAUGACAGAGAUCCAAGUCAAGGAGAUCCUUAUGGCAGACAGGCAGAUUACUUGGAUCAGAGCUAUAGCAGAGACUUUGGUCAUGACCAGGCCAACAGCCCAUUUGUGCAAACGGAUGCAAGACAGUACAGAUCAAAGAACUUUGAUUCCUAUGAGGAGAGUUACAUCUCUAGCUCCAGGCAGGAGUGGACUGGGGAGGCACCCCAAAGGAGCUCCUUGGAGGAGGCCAGCAUCCAGCCACAUGAGCUCUCAAGCACUGGUGAGCCCAGUCUGCUCCAGCGGUACAAGGAAUCUGGCCUCAGCUCCAGCAGUUAUGAACUCAGUCAGUACAUUUUUGACUCUUCCAAUCAGUAUGACCCCACUCCAUCUGAAGCUUGGAGUCCAGUUCAUACAGAGGAGGCCUCAUUGGCCACCCUGCACCAUGUGGCACCCCUCAAGUAUUCACUCCCUCAUGUGCCAGUGUGCUUUGGAGCAGGGGGCCACCUGGUUCGAGUGUGCCCUAAUUUCCCAGCUGAGGGGCAGCCUGCCCUUGUGGAACUGCACAGCCUGGAGGUCAUCCUUGAUAACACAAAAGAGCAAGAGGAACUGCAAGCUUUCCCUGGGCCUCUGGUCAGGGAAGAUUUGCACAAGGUGGAUGUGAUGACAUUUUGCCAACACAGAGUGGCCAUGAGCUGUGACCUGACAACUCAGAGAGGCAGAGAUUCAGCCCUGCUUUGGAAACUCUUGAUCCUGCUUUGCCGUCAGAAUGGGUCCAUGGUAGGCUCAGACACAGCUGAGCUUCUGAUGCAAGACUGCAAGCGCUUGGAGAAGUACAGAAGGCAAAACCCAGCGACCAACCUGAUCAACUUGACAGAUGAUGAGUGGCCGUCAUAUGGCUCUGGAACACGAGAUCUCCUCACUGGGGAGAUCCCACCCAGCAUGGAUACACCAGAGCAGAUAGUGGAGAAGUUCACCAAGCUCCUUUACUAUGGCAGGAAGAAGGAAGCUUUGGACUGGGCCAUGAGAAACCAGCUGUGGGGUCAUGCCCUGUUUCUGUCAAGCAAGAUGGACUCACGGACUUACAGCUGGGUGCUGACUGGGUUCACCAGCACAUUGGCUGUCAAUGAUCCCCUGCAGACUCUCUUCCAGCUCAUGUCAGGAAGAAUACCCCAAGCAGCUCUGUGCUGUGGAGAUAGCAAAUGGGGAGACUGGAGACCCCAUCUAGCUGUGAUAUUGUCCAACCAUGUUGGAGAGGCUGAGCUGAACCAUCGAGCCAUUGUCACAAUGGGAGACACUUUAGCUGGGAAAGGGCUAAUAGAAGCUGCUCACUUCUGCUAUCUGAUGGCUGAUGUCCCUUUUGGUCAUUAUGGGGUUAAAACAGACCACAUGGCCCUGCUGGGCAGCAGUCACUGUCAGACAUUUGUACAGUUUGCCACGACGGAGUCUAUCCAGAGGACUGAAAUCUUUGAGUACUGUCAGUUGCUGGGACAUCCCAAAUCUUUCAUCUUCACUUUCCAGGUGUAUAAACUCAUUUAUGCUUCACGCCUGGCAGAUUAUGGUCUUACUUCCCAGGCCUUAUACUACUGUGAAGGGAUUGGCACAGCUCUACUAGACCAGCCCCAGACCAGGCACCCUGUGCUGUUAACACAGGUGAUCCAGCUAGCUGAGCGACUGAAGUUCUCAGACCCAUUGCUCCUGGAGAGACCUGAUCAGGAGCAAGACCUGGAACCUGACUGGCUUGUCCAGCUCCGAGCUCAAAGACAGCAGUGGGAGGUAGAGGGAGACUUUCCUGAUUUGACAUCCACUCAGCCAGAGUUUUCCAGGGUCAACAGAUCAACAUCAGAUAAAGAUCUUCAUUAUGAGUUCACACAAAACCAAGGUUACCAGCAUGACCUAAGACAGCAACUGAAUAACCACUCAGAGGGAACAAGCCAGUAUGAGCCAGUUCUACAGGAAUAUGUGUCCUUGCAGUCUGGCAUGCAUUCUGCGGUGGAUGGGUAUGAGCAAGCCAUAACAUCAGUGCUAUCUGGUGCUGGGCAAGAAAGCUAUCCAACAGUGGUCAGCCCACGGGCAGAUGUCUUUCUAGGAGGAACUGCAAGUGACCAUUCCCCAGAGGUGGGCCAGACACCAGUGGGUGCAUUGGAGCCACAAGGACACUCUCUGCCCUUUGAUGUUCAGAAGAACAUUACAGAAGAGCAGCAGAGCAUGUCGCGUGCAAGAAUCCGAACUGUCUCAGAGUGCUCGACUGUCUCUGUGGAAGAUGAUGCCCACCAACUCCCGGGGCAAGCGGGUGAGGGAGCCACUAAAGAGCAGUCCUCGACAGAGGGUGCAAAGCAAGAGGAGACAAAGGGUUCGGGCUUUGGCUGGUUCAGCUGGUUUCGAUCCAAGCCUGACAAGGAUGUGGCUUCUUCCAGAGAUCAAUCUGAAACUGCCCCAGACUCCACUGCACUGGAGUCCCAGGAGCAGACUUUGUCAUCCUCACCACUGUGUGCUACUCCCACUGCUGGAACAAGCCCUUCAUCUCAUGCUCCUGCUAGUGGUUCUGCACCUGUCUUCAGAAGCUCAGCUAGUAAUGAACCAACAGCCACAACGGGCCCUGAUGGCAGAAAAUUGGCAGCCUUUCCUGAAGUUGGUGGCCAGAAUGAUUCAUAUGGCCCCCUGUCUGGCCCAGGUGGUCUUCUUCCUCCUCCAGGAGAAGGCACAGUCCCACUCUUCAAUCCUGGUCACAUCCCUCAGCUCUUCAAUGCUGUAUCCCCUGGACUGAGCCAACCAAAGCGGCUUUCACAGCGAUGUUACCCAACCCUACCAUGACGGGUGAGCCUUGGGCUGUCUCCAAAGCCUCUGAUGCAGCAGAGGACAUAAGGGACUUUGCCAUGGGGAUAGAAACAUUUGUACUUAGCUCCCUGCUCUUGUGCUCCUUCUUUUGGGCUUUGUAAAAGUAGUUCCAGUGAACAGGCUUCUCCUUGCAGAUGGAACAGGUUGUGGGGGCGGGAAGGGGUUAGAUUCUCUCUUUUCUGAGACUGAGCAUCCAUCAUUUUAGUUGUGAUUGCCCAGGUUGAGAGUCAUGGAGGGAGGUUGUACAAAGACUCUCCCAGCUGCAAAACACAAGCACUCACUGUGGAAUAAUAAUACUGAACAAAUGAGCAAAAGAAAAUUCAGGCUGGAUUUCAGGAGCAGUGGCCUAACAAUGACAUCUCCAACAGUGGGGGAUCCUCUGCAAGAGGUGCAGUGGAGCCUUACGUACCGGUAUUCAGUGGUCAAUGCACUGGUAUCUGUACUUCAGGGAACAGUCCUAUGGGGGCAGGCAGCUGGACACAAGUGACAUAACUUAGUUGUUUCAGUGUCCAAUUUCCAUUGCACAUGUAAUGGCAAUAAUGACAUGAGCAACUGUAUGGCCAUUCUGUAGCUGCCAUGCAAGACAUCAGAGUGCAGGUUACACACUUGCUCCCAGACUGGUAGGAACUGGAAGUGUGUGGACAGUACAGACAGCCUCCAGUGGAAGCAGCCUGUGGCAUUCAAAUGCCUCCCUGGGUCAACUGGACGAGAAGGGUUGUUUGUCUUUAAAAAAGCAGUUUGUCUUUCCUGACCAGAGUGAUACUGGACAUAACAAUAAUGCCUAUGGACACUGGGAGUUCUUCCUUCUCCCACAAAAUACUCAACAUUGUAACUAUUCAGUGGUGACUUUGGGGAAUCCAAAGAUGUCAUGCCUUCAAAUUGGUGUAUGAUUUCUGACGGUAAAGGACAUAUCUGUCUUGUCUCUCUAGUGACAUACAUGCUGUGUUUGUAUUAAAUGUUUUUGAAAUAAACUCCAAUGUUUUUCAAACCUGCCAAUUUGCCUGUCUGCCUGCUAGGCAAGCUCAAUCUAAGUCAAAGAUAUGGCAUCAGUUUGGCCCUCACCCACCCUAUCUUUCUUCCCUAAUCCAUAUGGAAGGAUUUGAAUUCAGCUGGGUGAAGGUUUUUGUCUAAAUCUUUACUUUGGCCAAAAAAUGUGUGUUGAGUGAUACCAAGCUGUUUUACAAAUUCAGUGAAGUUGUGGCACUGGAUUCUUCAAUAAAACAGGAACAAUAAAAUAAAUAUGUUUUGUUUCAACCCUAAAACAUUUCAGUUUUCUGAUUCAGAAUUACUUUUGGUUUGAAACUUCCUUCACAUUUAUAUAUAUAUAAAAAAAGGAAAAAUAGAAAUAAAGCUGAAAAUCAAAAUGCUUCAUUUGUCCUAAAACGAUUUUUUUUGAGCCAUUAACAAUUUUUUUUCAGCUUGACCAGCAAGAAAAAAUUUAAAAUAAUUUUUCAGAACUGCCAGGAAACCAAAAUAUCCAUUAUUUACAUGGUUCUUGAUGUAAGCAAUCUAGGCAAUGAGCCCUGAUAUUAAUGUUUGUAUGGAAUGUAUCUGAAUUAAGUGGCUGGUUGUCAUGGAAACCUGCUUUAAAGAAUAAAAAUACUGUGGUUCAAAUUCA